AUGAAUCUGUGCCUGUUCCCCUGGUCUUUCCAUCUCUCUGUCUUCAUCGCUGCCGACACCAUGCGCCCCGGUCUCUACAGCUGUGAGCCAUGUCUCAGAAAAGCCAUUGACUGGUUUCCCAAGAAGCAGAUUCCAGAGAUCUGUAUCGACGAGGAGGACUUCAACAGAGAGGAGUUUCUUUGCGAGGCCUGCGAUCAGGUCUGUUUUGAUUACCUGGAGAAGAAGAGCUACGCGGGUUGCGACGGCGGCACUCAGCGUAUGGGAAGUCUACUCGAACGUUUCAUCAAGCACAUCAAGGUCAAUCGCCGCAUGACCAAGGAGGCGUACAACUCCCACCCAAAGACCAUCCGGCUUCGCAAGAAGGCCCGUCGUGCUAUCGCAUCUCACUCGAACAGAUCUGACGCCGACACUAUGAAGGACCAUCGCGCUGAGCACAAGCGUGCCGUUGCCACCAACACGCUCUCAACUUUGAUCGACAUCAGCAACAGUCUGCGGGUUAUCGCCCGGGCCACAGUCAACCAUGAGAUGCCCCCACGCUGUGGCCCCGAGAAGAUGCCCGAGGAAUGUCUUUGGGAGUUCCCUUUGGACGAGAAUGAGGAUGAGGAUGAGGUGAACUAG